GACACACACCGGCGAAAACAAUAGGUGAGAAGUGAGAACUCAACCUACCUCGCUUUUCACCCCUUACAUCUCUCCCCUUCUUUCUCUUUCUGCAGAGAAUUUCUCGAGAGCUCGAAUCCACAGAGGCGAAUUGUAGACGAAGGGGUAGACAUACAUAUUAAUGGGUGGCGACCUUUUUCAAGAUUUGCCGCCGCCAACAGCAGCACAAUCGCAACAAAUUGUGCAUUCUUCAAGCAGCAGUAUCAGUCAAGAACCUUCGCCAGCCCAGCCGCCGCCGCCGCCGCCGCUUCCUCCUGCUCCUGCGCUGAAGAGCGCUCUCAAACGUCCCAAGCCACCGCCUGAAUCACAGCCUGAAGUUGUUGCUGGAAAACGGCUGAGGUUCAAAACAACAACAGAUGCCUCUGAAAAACAAGUAAUUGAGGCCAUGCAAAAAAUAGGUUCACAUAUAAAGAACCCAUCAAAGUUCAAUAAGGCAUCAAAGCUUGCAAUACAGCUAAUUGAGGCUGGUAGUAUCAAGGAAACGACCCGUGAUCACUUCUUUUCUGUACUUGAAGCCGCCAUGUCCUCCUUGACCACUUGUAAUGAGCCCUCUUUACGUGCUGACUAUCAUGCACUGUUCUCAGCAGCUGAACUUGUAGCUUAUCACCUUAGUGAGAAGCAGCAGAAUCUGUUGCAUUCAUGGACUAUUAGGGCAGUUUGGGCGAAUGACCUGUUCACAGAUGACAGCUUUGUGUUCUCAAAAGCAACUGGGAGGAUAAAAGAAGCCAUAUCUGCUCUUCCUGUGGCAACUAAAGAUGAUGAUUUAGAAGAAGCUGUUGCCCUCAAAGAUGACAUGGAGGAGGUAAAUUCAGAAGGACAGGUAAAUAACGGAUGCAAUUCUCCUGCUACACUGGCUGAUCACGACAAAGAACAGCUUGAUCCAUUUGGGCUGGAUGCUCUGAUAUCAGAUGCACCUAAGAAGGAAGAAAAGUCGAAGGGGAAAAAGGACUCAUUACCCCAUAAUAAGAAAGAUGAUGAUGAAGAUAAGAGGAGAUCUCUCAAGUCACAGAGAGAAGCAUUGAUUUCCUGUCUAGAGAUUGCUGCAAAAAGAUACAAAACACCAUGGUGCCAAACAGCCGUUGAUAUCUUAGCUAAGCAUGCAUUUGAUAAUAUUUCUAGAUUCACCACCCGGCAGAGGGAUGCUAUCGAGAAACUUUGGGCUUCGAUUCGGGAACAACAGACUCGGAGGAAGCAAGGAAAAUCUGUCUCUGGGAAGCUUGAUGUGAAUGCUUUCGAAUGGCUCCAGCAAAAGUAUGCAACUGAGAAAAUUAGUAUUCGGCAUUCUGUUGGAGGCAGCGGUGAUCGUCGCUGUGAACAGUGGCUUGGUUAAAACCUUCUAAUUAUCAUAUAAAAGCGAACUAUAUCCGUGGGAGACCUGGUGCUCCAGAUGGCCAUUCUGAAUAGCUGGAUGCAUCUUUCAUGCUGCAAAUUUGACAAACAUUCAUGUGAAGGAUUCAUAGUGUACAAUUUAUGUCUUUCCACAGUUAUGUAGUUCAAAGACUACUUUUGCCUGGAGCUUAACUGAAUCUGCCACUUACUGUCAAAUACUAAGUAUUCUUGUGCUCAAAA